GGCCUCUUGGUGCGGGGGCGGGGGGCGCGGCGCCCCACAUAACACUCCCCUCUAGCACGGGGAGCCACCCUCUCCCCUCCUUCCUCGCGAACACCACCGCCUCCCCUGACACCGCCGCCACCUCGCCGGACGCUCGGCCGGCAGAUUGCGGCGGCCAGCCGGGGGCGGUGCGCUGAGCGUGCGCGCCCGGGGACGCCAGAUGUGCAGUCUCCGCCGCGACUAGUGCCCAAGAGGCAGCCAGAGCCUGAUCGGGUCGUCUCCGCAAUGCUGCGGGGGCGACCUUGAACGCACCCCUGUUUCCCGCGGCGGGGGACCACCCCGAGUCCCUGCGCCCGGUCCUGACCUCUCCAGCCCGGCUCGCCCCGCGCGUGGACAUGGAAGGGGCGGCAGUGCCCGUGUCAGGAGAUGGCCCUGCAGUGGAGACCGGGUUGCCUGGCUCUCUGAGGGAGGCGGUGGCCGGCGCGACUGCAUCCCCAGCGGAGCCCAGGAAGCCUCACGGGGUGAAGCGACAUCACCACAAGCACAACUUGAAGCAUCGCUAUGAGCUGCAAGAGACCCUGGGCAAAGGUACUUACGGCAAAGUCAAGAGAGCCAUAGAGAGGUUUUCAGGCCGAGUGGUUGCUAUAAAAUCCAUCCGUAAGGACAAAAUUAAGGACGAGCUAGACAUGGUUCACAUCAGACGAGAAAUUGAGAUCAUGUCAUCCCUCAACCAUCCUCAUAUCAUCAGUAUUUAUGAAGUGUUCGAGAACAAAGAUAAGAUUGUGAUCAUCAUGGAAUAUGCCAGCAAAGGAGAGCUGUACGAUUACAUCAGCGAGCGGAGACGCCUCAGCGAGAGGGAGACCAGACACUUCUUCCGGCAGAUCGUGUCUGCGGUGCACUAUUGUCACAAGAAUGGUGUGGUCCACCGGGACUUGAAGCUGGAAAAUAUACUGCUUGAUGACAACUGCAAUAUUAAGAUCGCCGACUUUGGCCUUUCCAACCUGUACCAGAAAGACAAGUUCUUGCAAACGUUUUGUGGGAGCCCACUCUAUGCGUCUCCUGAGAUUGUCAACGGCAGGCCUUACCGAGGGCCAGAGGUCGACAGCUGGGCCCUGGGUGUCUUGCUUUACACUCUCAUCUAUGGAACAAUGCCCUUCGACGGCUUUGAUCAUAAAAACCUCAUCCGGCAGAUCAGCAGUGGAGAGUACCGGGAGCCCACGCAGCCAUCAGAUGCCCGAGGCCUCAUUCGGUGGAUGCUCAUGGUGAACCCCGAUCGCCGGGCCACCAUCGAGGACAUCGCCAACCACUGGUGGGUGAACUGGGGCUACAAGAGCAGUGUCUGUGACUGCGAUGCCCUCCCUGACUCUGAGUCUCCGCUUCUGGCACGGAUCAUUGACUGGCACCACCGUUCCACGGGGCUGCAGGCGGAGGCUGAAGCUAAGAUGAAGGGUCUGGCCAAGCCAGGAGCCUCUGAGGUUGUGUUGGAGCGGCAGCGGUCGCUGAAGAAGUCCAAGAAAGAGAAUGACUUUCCCCAGUCUGGCCAGGACUCCUCUGUACCUGAAAGCCCGUCCAAGCUGGGUUCCAAGAGACCCAAGAGCAUCCUGAAGAAACGGAGCAACAGUGAACACCGCUCCCACAGCACUGGCUUCAUCGAAGGCAUUGUGGGCCCUACCUUACCAUCUCCUUUCAAAAUGGAGCAAGAUUUAUGCAGGACUGGCCUCCCCCUCGCCAGCUCCCCCGAGGCGGGUAUGUCAGGGAAGCUCAGCCUCAACCAGUCAGCCACCAUGCCCAAGAAAGGCAUCUUGAAAAAGACCCAGCAGAGAGAGUCUGGUUACUAUUCAUCCCCAGAGCGCAGCGAGUCUUCGGAGCUGCUGGACAGUAACGAUGUGGUCAUCGGCAGUGGCCUCUCUUCCCCUUCCCCAGACCCAGCCCGGGGAACCUCCCACAGCCUGGCCUGCCGGAGGAAGGGCAUCUUGAAACACAGCAGCAGGUACUCAGAUGGUGCCGCAGACCCUGCCCUCGCCGGCCCUGAAAUGCCCACACUGGAAUCCUUGUCCGCUCCCGGGGUCCCCUCUGACGGCAUCUCUCGGAGCUACAGCCGCCCAUCUAGUGUCAUUAGCGACGACAGUGUCCUGUCUAGCGACUCCUUUGACUUGUUAGAUCUGCAGGAGAAUCGGCCAGCCCGGCAGCGCAUCCGCAGCUGCGUCUCUGCUGAAAAUUUCCUUCAGCUUCAGGACUUCGAGACACCCCAUAACCGGCCCCGGCCCCAGUACCUGAAGCGGUACCGGAACCGGCUGGCAGACAGUAGCUUCUCUCUCCUCACUGAUAUGGACGAUGUGACUCAGGUGUAUAAAAAAGCUCUGGAGAUCUGCAACAAGCUCAACUAGCCCCUUCUGGGCACAGAGGAUGGGAUG